UUUCUUACAUUAAGGUUAUGACUUCGACGCGCAUAUUACACAAAGACAGUGGUUUCAUAUAAAUGAUAAGUAUUUUCAUUUUCAAAAAUGAGUCUUGUUGCAUACGGCAGCAGCGAUGAAAGUUCGGACGAUGAAGGAAUCAGUUCUGACGCAGAGAACAUUAACAAAACUUCAGAGACAACCGUAAUUAAACAAACAAAUGACAAAAUGUGUUUACCUGCGCCGAAACAUAACACGUUCGCAAAAAAGGUUAACGAAAAUGAUACAGACACGGGUGAAAAAAUACAUUUUGAUAAAUUGCCCAAACCAAAAUGCGCAAUUACCGAACCAGAAGAAAUCAUCGAAAAUGAUGAUAUUCCUCCAAAUAGAGAGGUCGAAUUCAAACCUGAGAAGCCUAUCAAAAAGGAUCGUGCACCAGUUAAAAUAACAGUUCCCUGUUUAUCUGAUUUCAAAGAUAUUGAAGAGGAAAAUGAAACGAGGAUCAAUAAGAUUAGGCCUUCUAGUAAGGGUACUAAACUCUUUGCACUUUUACCACCACCAAAGGGAGUUGAACUUAAAAAUACUAAUAGUUUAAUCCCUAGUGUUGUGAAUAAAACUGUUGCAAAAACCAGCCAAACAAAAGUUCAAAUAACUAGAGACAUUGCUGUAAAAAAUUCAAUUACAAACAAAGUAACAAAACCUGCCAAAACUAAAAGUUGUAUAGAGAUAGCUUAUAGUUCAAACUCUGAAGAUGAAGAUGACGGUACUACUUCAACUACAGAUUUCUUUGCUCUAACAGCUACUGACACUCCCAUUGUAUCUGAAUCUUUAAUGAAUGAAUUAUGCUUGAAAGAAUCAUCAAGUACAUUCAAUUCAUCUGUUAAACAUGAUUUGAACAAUGAUAGUUGUACUGACAACUGUUCACCUGAUGGUUCUACUAAAACUAUAGAAGAAAUCAGUACUAAUAUUGCUCAGAAAACAUUAGUGAGUAAUGUCAUGAACUUGCCAAAAGAAGAGAUAUUACUUAAAAAUAAAGCAGAGGUAGGUCCAAAAUUGCCAGUACCUGAACAGGAGUAUAAUGUUGAUACAGAGGGCAAUGUGGCCUUUGAUGAUAAAGCUAUUGAAUAUCUUUGUGGAAGGAGAGGUGUAAAGCGAAAGACUAAAGAAAUUGACGAAACAAAUAUCAUUGAAAUAAAUGGUGAAGAUAUUAAACCAGAUGAACGAGAGUGGUUAGUGAAAGCACUGACAGAAGAACCUGUACAAAGACCAGUUUCUAUGAUGGGUGGAGUAAAUUCACAAUCUAAAAAGAAACACCAGAUCACAUACUUAGCACAACAAGCAAAGGCAAUGGAAAUGGAGUUGAAGAAUCAGUGGGCACAAAACAGGAUGACCAGAAAACAAACACAAUCAAAAUAUGGUUUUUAAAUAACGUUGCUUGUAUAAAAGAUAUAAAUAUAACAUUAUUUAUUAUUGAACAAAUAAAUUUACAGAAGAGGCAUACUGAA